AUGGGGACGGCUGGAUUAAAGCCUUCGUUGGAAGAACGGCGGAGAGGCGAGAUUGCCCUCAGUGAGUUCGCCGAGUACGCUGAAAAGCAACAGGCCCAGCGAUCGGCUCAGUAUCUGCCCAGUGAUAGCGGCUACGAAACAGCCAGCGCAGCUCCAGUAUCUGAAGACCAUGCCGAACUGGAUAUUCUCGACCAGCUAGACCUCACGGAUACCCCGAAACCGGUCAAGUUGAAGGAGUUGCUCCUGGGCACUGGUGAACAGCCAGACCAUGACAUCCAAGUCCUGGCCAACAUCCUACAGACGCGCAUUGACGAAGGACAUGGUGAGACGCUCUUCGACCUAGGUCUUGAAGAUGGCGGGGAUUCCAUGUCCUUUGAUCUAAGCCAGUGGAAUACAGCCUUACAGCGCUUGCGGGAAGCGGCGGAAACCCUUCCUGCUCACUGUCGGAUCCUUGUUACCUACAAUGUUGGCGGGCCUGAGGAAUCGCGCGUGAAGCAUGAGCGAUUAAAAGGCUCUUGGGGCAAGCUCUUGAUCCGGCAGCCAGCGGGCACCGUGGAGGAGAUGGCUGAGAUCCGCAUGGCAGUAGUUGGCAAUGUUGACGCAGGUAAGAGUACCAUGCUGGGUGUGCUGGUCAAGGGAAACUUGGAUGAUGGCCGAGGAAAGGCUCGACUCAAUCUGUUCCGCCACAAGCACGAAAUCGAGAGCGGUCGGACCAGCUCGGUAGGGAUGGAGAUAAUGGGGUUCGACAGCCGGGGUGACAUUGUAAGCAGCGCUCAUGGGCGGAAGAUGUCCUGGGAAGAUAUAGGAAGGCGUUCUGCCAAAGUAAUAUCGUUCUCUGAUCUUGCUGGGCAUGAACGGUACCUGCGGACUACGGUUUUCGGCAUGCUGAGCAGCAGCCCCAACUACUGUUUACUCAUGGUGGCGGCUAACAAUGGCCUCAUUGGCAUGAGCAAAGAACACCUCGGUAUUGCUGUGGCUUUACACGUGCCGGUCAUGGUAAUUGUCACCAAGAUCGAUAUUUGCCCACCGCAGAUUCUGGAGGAGACCCUUUCCCAGCUCAGCAAACUUCUUAAGUCGCCUGGUUCUCGUAAGAUUCCCAUCUUCGUGAAGGACAUGGAAGAAACCAUCAACACGGCGACACAGUUUGUGAGCCAGCGGAUCUGCCCGAUCUUCCAGGUGUCCAAUGUCACUGGAGAGAAUCUAGACCUUGUGCGGACGUUCCUGAAUAUCCUUCCUCACCGCGGCCAAUACAAUGUGAAUGCUCCGUUCGAGUUCCUCAUCAACGAUACGUUCUCCGUGCCCCAUGUGGGUACAGUUGUGUCUGGGGUGGCCAAGUCGGGUGUGAUACACGCUGGCGAUGCCGUUUUGGUUGGGCCUGACUCUCUCGGUCAAUUCACGACAACUACGAUCAAGUCCAUUGAGCGCAAGCGUAUUCAGGUCAACGCUUGUUUUGCAGGCCAGUCGGGCUCUUUCGCCUUGAAACGUGUCCGACGGAAGGAGGUCCGUAAGGGCAUGGUAGUUCUCAAGAAGUUGGACCAGCCCCCGAAAGUCUACAGGGAGUUCGUCGCUGAGGUCCUAAUCAUAUCUCACGCCACCACGAUCAAGCCUCGGUAUCAAGCAAUGCUGCAUGUCGGCGCAGUAAGUCAAACAUGCUCCGUCAUUGACAUCGAUCGUCCCUUCAUUCGGGGCGGUGACCGCGCUUUGGUUGCAUUCAGAUUUGUACAGCGUCCCGAAUUCUUGGCCCCCGGGGAUCGAGUGCUUUUCCGGGAGGGAAAGACCAAGGGACUAGGGGUUGUGAAAAGUGUGGGAUACGAUCCCAAACAGCCUUUGAACCCAGAGGCGAAGAAUGCCGCGGAGACGAGCAAACAAGCCUGA